AUGGAGCCCUUGAAGGAGGUGGAGGAGGAAGAGGAGGAGGAGGAAGAAGAGGGCAUUUUAUGUAUGGAGCCUGGGCGCCUCGUCGGGGAUGACGACUCGCCAGCUGCGGCCCCCCCGCAACGUGGGAAGGGGGAGCGCCCGUACCCCUGCGGCGAGUGCGGGAAGGCGUUCAGCCAGUGGUCGAAGCUGGUGCGCCACCGGCGCAUCCACACGGGCGAGCGCCCCAACACGUGCGCCGAUUGCGGCAAGUCCUUCACCCAGAGCUCCCACUUGGUGCAGCACCGGCGGACGCACACGGGCGAGAAGCCCUACGUCUGCGGCGACUGCGGCAAGGCCUUUUCCUGGAGCUCCAACCUGGCCCAGCACCAGCGGACCCACACCGGGGAGAAGCCCUACGUGUGCCGGGAGUGCGGAAAGGCCUUCUCCCAGAGCACCAACCUCAUCAAACACCAGCGCAGCCACACGGGGGAGAAGCCCUACCGCUGCCCGGAGUGCCCAAAAAGCUUCUACCGCUCCUCGGACCUCAUCCAACACCAGAUCACGCACACGGGCGAACGCCCCUUCAAGUGCGACGAGUGUGGCAAGGGCUUCACCCAGAGUGCCAACUUGGUCAAGCACCGCAAGAUCCACGCCGGGGAGAAGCCCUUCCGCUGCAACGACUGCGGCAAGACUUUCAUCCAGAGCUCGGAGCUCAUCCAGCACCAGCGGACGCACUCGGGCGAGAAGCCUUACCAGUGCCAGGAGUGCGGCAAGCGCUUCGGCCACGGCGCCACCCUGGUCAAGCACCAGCGCCUGCACAUGGGGGUGGAGCCGUACCGCUGCGCCGACUGCGGCAAGACCUUUGGGCUCAGCUCGGCGCUGGAGCGGCACCGGCGCUGCCACAGCGAGAGCCGCCCCUACGCCUGCGGGGAGUGCGGGCAGAGCUUCUCGCUGGCCUCCAACCUCACGCUGCACUCGCGGAUCCACCGGGGCGAGAAGCCCUACCGCUGCGCCGACUGCGGCAAGUGCUUUGGCAUGAGCUCCACCCUCAUCCGCCACCAGCGCAUCCACACGGGCGAGAAGCCCUACGCCUGCCCCGACUGCGGCAAGGCCUUCGUCCGCAGCUCCCACCUCACGCAGCACCGGCGGACGCACACGGGCGAGCGGCCCUACCACUGCGAGGAGUGCGGGCGGCGCUUCUCCCAGAGCUCCAACCUUAUCACCCACCAGCGCAUCCACAUGGAGGAGCGGCCCCACGUCUGCCACGGCUGCGGGCGGCGCUUCGCCCAGGAGGAGGAGCUGCAGCGCCACCAGCAACAGGACGGGAAAUGCAGCGGCAAAGGAGGUGCCAGAGAGCCAGAGGGCCUGGGGGAAACCUGUGGGGAAAGCCAUGCUCCGGCAUCGCACCCGGAGAGCGGCGCCACUUGCGUCAUGUGCGGGCCGGAGUGCAAAGAUGCAGCCGGACUCGUGCAGCACCAGAAAGGCCACGUCCCCCUCGUCUGUAACAUAUGCGGGGAGAGCUUCCAAGAUGGCGCCAAGUUAGCGCAGCACCAGGAAAGCCACACGUCUUACAUCUGUACCGAAUGUGGGAGGAGCUUUGGGGACUCCGGCGCCUUAGCCUGCCAUCAGGAGAACCAUGAAUCUUGGAUAUGUGGCGUCUGCGGUCAGAACUGCAAGGACCGCUUGGCCCUGGUGCAGCACCAAGAAGCACACUCGCUGCACAUCUGCGGGGCGUGCGGAGAGAGCUUUGUCGACAGCCAGGCACUCGAGGAGCACGAGGAGAGGUGCAAGGAGGACUCUGAGCUCCUGUUUGGCCCAGGAUCCCCGAAGACUCUGGCGUGUGUGGAUUCCAGGGAGAGCUUUGCUGUCGGGACGGCUCUCGUGCCACGUCAGGAGGGGGAAGCGUCGUGGGGCUGUCUGGAGCAUGGGGAAGGCUGCAAGGAUAGUUCGGCCUUGGAGUACCAUCAGCAGAGCCACCAGCGGAGGCCUCACACCUGCUCCAAGUGUGGACAGGCCUUUGCCGAUGGCGCAGCCCUCUCCCGCCGUCGAACGACCCAUAUGGAAGAGGAUUUGUACAAAUGUCCCCAGUGCGAGAAGAGCUUUGAGGGCCUUUUGGCCCUCACUGAGCACCGGGGGGAACACGUCUGCGAGAAGUGUGUGGAGUGUGGCCAGGCCUUUGAGGAAGGUGAAGGCCUCUUGCUCCACCAGAAGAGCUUGGGGGACGAAAUGCGCAGAGAACCUCCUCAGGCCGACUCAGAUCUUGUAACUCAACUGAGCGAUCCCAUGGAGGAGCCUGCUGACACAAGUUUUACCACAGCCCAGAAAACAUUCUCUGGUGACCAGCCCUCCGAUGAAAAAGUGGUGUCCAGCCCCCACGAGAGUGUCCCACUGGACAAACAGCCCUUUAGCGACCCCUUGAGGCCUACUUUGCACCAGAGAAUCCACCCAAAAGCUCAGACUCUGGACGGUGUCACACCUGAGAGCAUCCCUGAAGAAGAGGAGGCGUCUUCGGGUGGGCUGGGCCUCCAGGACAGCUCAGCUCUCGCCUCACAAACCCCACCCGAAGAAGAGCCUGGUCUGGGACCCCUGGGUGGCAGCUGGCUUAAAGACAGCUUGGUUGCUGCUCCGCUGCAGAAGAGAGCUUCUUCCGCCGACAGACCUCCUCCGGUCUCCACCGAAAUGGCUGCCCUCAUCCGCCGCCCGAGCACCAAGCCCUACAAGUGCCACGACUGCGAGCAGAGCUUUGCGGAUGCCGGCGGCUUGUCGUGCCACCAGGCCGGCCACACAAAGGGGCGGCUGCUGAAGUGUCCCGAGUGCGGGAAGGGCUUCCCGGAGAGGCUGGCUCUGAUCCGGCACCAGAUGGAACACACGGUGGAGAAAGCCAGGGCCGUGCGGCAGACGCCGCCGCCGAGAAACAAUCGCGGCAAGCAGAGGGACCCCGGGAGCCCCCUGGAAUUCGGGGAGAGCUUCACAGAGAUCUCGGCUGUCCUUUUGCAGAGGGAAAACCACGUCUCUGAAAGGGGCGCAUCGCUGCGGCCGAAGGAUCGUGGUGGAGACGGGAAGCAGAGUUUAGGCGACCCUUUGCAGACCACGGAGCCCUACUUUCACCUUGAUUUGGGGAAAGCCUCGGGUGCCGCGGGAGUGCUGGGACAGCGCCAUGGGCAGCAGGAGAAGGGCAGAUACUUUGGGCACUCUGAGCCUGGGAAGAUCUCCCGCAGCAGCUCGAUAUUGCUGCACCACCUCCAGAACCACACGGCAGAGCAGCCCUGA